AGAGCAUAAUAAACAUGAACUAUCUGCUGGCCAGUUCGGCAAGCAAAAGAGUUAUCGGUUGUGUAAAAUCUGUAUGGCUGCGAACCGUGAGUACGAAGAUGGAAGCCGGACCUAUCGAAAACGCUAUACGCACCGGGCUGGCGAAGGAAUUAUCCCCGGUUCACGUGGAAGUGGUCAAUGAAUCCUAUAUGCACAACGUUCCGAAGGGUUCCGAAACGCACUUCAAAGUUUUGGUAGUUUCACAGCAAUUCGAAGGAAUGCCUCUAAUAAAGCGACAUCGUUUGGUGAAUGAUAUUGUGAAAACUCAACUAGAAGGAGAUUUCGUGCACGCUUUAUCGAUCGUAGCCAAAACGCCCCUACAAUGGGACCCGAAUUAUAGUUUGGAACCCAGUCCGAACUGUAGAGGCGGUUUUGGCAAAUGAUGUAUUGUUUAAGGAAAAUUAGCUUAAAUAUAAGUUAGCUCGG